AUGGCGCUCAGCCCCCCCGAGCUGCCGCUGCACUCGCCAUGGACCUUCUGGCUGGACAAGUCACUUCCUGGUACAACAGCGGCUGAAUAUGCGUUAAAUUUGAAGAAGAUUUAUACAGUACAAACAGUGCAGGAUUUCUGGAGUGUCUACAACAACAUUCCUCCCGUGACAAACUUGCCUCUGAGAUGUAGCUACCAUUUAAUGAGGGGAGAAAGGCGCCCGCUUUGGGAAGAAGAAAGCAAUGCCAAAGGAGGUAUAUGGAAAAUGAAGGUCCCUAAAGAAAGUACGGCUGCAGUUUGGAAAGAGCUUCUGCUAGCAACUGUCGGAGAGCAAUUUACAGAUUGUUGUGCAGCAGAUGAUGAAGUAGUAGGGAUAAGUGUCAGUGUUCGUGACCGUGAAGAUGUUGUUCAAGUCUGGAACAUGAAUUCCUCUUCAGCAAGUGAAGCAAAAGUUGUAGAGAAGAUUCAUAAACUUCUCCCACACACAUCUUUUAAAGUGGUCUUUUAUAAAUCCCACAGAGAGCAUCAUGCUUUUGAAGGCUGAUGUGGAAAGCAUUGAAUGCAUUAUAUGCCAAGAUCAUUUGUUGUUAUUUGGUGUUUUGAGCUGGUCUGGACAAGGAGGAGGAUGGUGGAAGUGCUACAUGGGGUUAACCCUUUUGACUUUCUGACAUUUCAAACUGGCCUAUUGCUACUGAAAAUGAAAAAAACCCAAACAGUUGC